UCUCAGCACUCUGCAGACGGCUGCUGUUCGUUUGCAGCUGCUUUUUUUGUAGCGGCUGUCAAGUCAAGUGUUUUCAACGCGCCAGAACGAACGAAAAUGCUGCGACCAGAAGUUAUUGAACAACUGCAGUGUCCUUCCGUUGGAUUGGCAACAUCCUGGACAUUAUCACGCCGAAAUGUUCCUUUCGAUAAUCUAGAAGCCGCCAGAACGCUUUUCGAGCGCAAAUACUGGCCAUUUGGCAAAGGAAAGAUUGUGAAGAGCGACAGCAAGGCGACAAGUCUCCGCGAGCAAGGCAAUGCAGCAUACAAGCAGGCACCAACUGACCCAGCAAAAGCUUUGCAACUGUACAAUCAGAGUAUCUGUAUGGCCAAGCAGGGUUCCAAGGAUUUAGGAUUAGGCUAUGCGAACCGAUCGGCAGUGUACUUCAACAGCAAAUUGUACCGUGAGUGCUUGCAAAACAUUGAACUGGCCCGGUCUAAUAACUAUCCUGCAGAAAUGAUGCCAAAGCUGUUGCAACGUGAAGAGCGCUGCAAGCAACUGAUGGAAGCCAUCAGCGAAAGCUCAACGGAACACAGUCCCACGGGCCACUGUGCGAUCAAAUCCUGUCUAGAGCUUAGCAAGGAUGGCAAAGGCAUCUGUACCAACCGUAGUUUGGAUCCGGGAGAAAAGAUACUUCUAGAAAAACCGUACGUACUGGUGCUCGAAGCGGAACUCGCGUAUGAACGGUGUGAUUACUGUGGUGCUACUAACGAACACAAUCUGUUACCGUGUAAGGGCUGCACGGCUGUGAUGUAUUGUAGCGAGGAAUGCCAGGAACAGUCGCUUCAGCGCUAUCAUCAAUUUGAAUGUGAAAUUGUAGACGAUCUGCAGCUGCUCUUUCGUGGCCCAAAGCCGGCAAGAAUGUUUCACGUGAUUUUGCGAUUGUUUUGGCAUGCCGUGCUACUUUUUCUAGAGGACCCUGACGCUUUUCUGAAGCGAAUUGAAACACCGGCUGAGCUGGAAAAGUAUCACAAUCCGUUUGCAUUAGAACCGUCCGAUUACAUACUGCAUCUGAAUGCUACCUGUCCAGAUGUAACAACGGAUAAUGAAAAUGAAGGAACUGCAAAGUGCGUAUCGCAGAUUAUGACUAUACUUACGUACGUUAUAGCGGUUGAAGAGAACGCAUCACUUUGGCCCCGAUUAGAAGGGAAAGUGGGUAAAAAGAAGCUGUUGGAUUUGCUCUUCCGCUUAAUAAAACGUACAGACUGUUUGGUCGAGGACAAGAUGGACCAUGCGACAUGUUUCUACCCUUUCACACGCAUACUGCAGCGUUCCGACAAUCCAAACGCGGAACAAUCACUGCAGGAACUUCAGUCAGUGGUCGUUCUGAAAUGUCCAGUCGCCGAAGGGCAGGAGAUAACCAUCGCAAAAAAAAAUGUGAAUCGGUGAAUUGGCCGUGCUGAAAAUGGACAUCAAGCACCAAACUUAAACAUCUUAGUAUUUGCAAUUUUCGCACCGAUAACACUAACAAUAGAUAUUACUGCUUUCGGUGAAUUUGAUGAGUUCACCCUGCUGAACAGAAUUAAAUAAUGUGAUGUAC